AUGGUUCAGGAACUCAUGGGAAACUGUGCCAAGCGGCCCAGAUGCAGGGCACUCAAGGACCAUUGGCCACGGCUGGGGUCCCCUGGGGGCUCCUGCCCAAGCACAGUCUCGGAGGAUCAGGGGUUGGCUUCUGAGUCACAAUCCCAAGCCUACUCAGUCCUUAACCGCCUGGUGGGCCCAGCCUGUAUCUUCCUCCGGCCCAGCAUCGCAGCCACCCAGAUUGACAGGGAGCUUCGCCCAGAAGAGAUAGAAGAGCUACAGACCGCUUUCCAGGAGUUUGACCGAGACCGGGACGGCUACAUCGGUUACCGUGAGCUGGGGGCCUGCAUGCGCACUCUGGGCUACAUGCCCACUGAGAUGGAACUCAUCGAGAUCUCCCAGCAGAUCAGUGGUGGGAAGGUGGACUUUGAAGACUUUGUCGAGCUGAUGGGCCCCAAAAUGCUGGCAGAGACCGCAGACAUGAUUGGAGUCAGAGAGCUGCGAGAUGCCUUUCGGGAGUUUGACACCAAUGGAGAUGGCCAGAUCAGUCUGGGGGAGCUGCGAGCAGCCCUGAAGGCCCUGUUGGGAGAGCGCCUCAGCCAGCGGGAGGUGGACGAGAUCCUGCAUGACAUUGACCUCAAUGGGGAUGGACUCGUUGACUUUGAAGAGUUUGUGCGCAUGAUGUCCCGCUGACCUGACCUGACCUGCUGCCAGCCUGCCC